GACUGAAAAAAAAACUCCUUCCCCUGUUCAUUCUUCAUAAUCAUCCUCUGUUUUUCUAGAUUGGUAACCGAAAAUUAAACAAUAAGAUCGGUUCAUGUUUCUGGGUUGAUCGAUCAUGAUCGGAACAGAAAUGGCUUCCAAUUCCCGGAAAGAUGUGGAUCGGGUCAAAGGCCCAUGGAGCCCCGAGGAAGAUGAACUGCUCCAGCAACUGGUUCAGAAGCACGGCCCCAGAAACUGGUCUCUCAUCAGCAAAUCCAUCCCCGGCAGAUCCGGCAAGUCCUGCCGCUUGCGGUGGUGCAACCAGCUGUCGCCGCAGGUGGAGCACCGCGCCUUCACGCCGGAGGAAGACGACACCAUCAUCCGCGCGCACGCCCGGUUCGGCAACAAGUGGGCCACCAUCGCCCGCCUCCUCUCUGGCCGGACCGACAACGCCAUUAAGAACCACUGGAACUCCACUCUCAAGAGGAAGUGCUCCUCCAUGAGCGCCGACGAAGGCAGCGAUCUCGCCGACAUGAUCCACCAGCAGCCGCUGAAGAGAUCGGUGAGUGCCGGCGCGGCGCUCCCUGUUUCGGGUCUCUACUUCAAUCCGGGUAGUCCUUCCGGGUCGGAUAUCAGUGAUUCGAGUCUACCUCCCAUGUCCCCUUCAACUCAUGUUUUUAAGCCCAUACCCAGAACCGGCGCUGUUCUGCUUCCUCAGGCGGAGACUCCGCCGCUACCUCCGCCGCCGAUUGACCCUCCGACGUCCCUGAGCCUUUCACUCCCUGGAGUCGACUCGCCGGAGGUCUCCCCACGGUUGACCGAGUCAACCCAUCCGAGAAGCCCAAUUCCCCUAUUCUCCGCGGCGAUGCAGACACCGCCGCUGCUUCCGCCUAUGUCGUUUCAUCAGAUACCUCAUGAAAAACCCGAUCUGGGAGGGGAAGCGGUAACAAUGGCUGCGAAAGAGACACAGGUCCAGCAAGACAGAGUCUUUGUGCCGUUCAGCCAGGAAUUGCUGGCAGUGAUGCAGGAUAUGAUCAAAGCAGAGGUCAGGAGUUACAUGAUGGACGCCGAACAGAACCACCACAACAGCCACCGGCAGCCACGGCGAUAUGAGCAGCCGCAGCAACAAAUGUUGCAAUUUCAACAGCAGCCACCGUCGCAGAACGGGAAUGGGCGCGUGAUGUUCAUGCAACACGCACCCGCUGCGUCCAUAAACCGCGUCGGAGUAAAUCGAACGGAGUAAUUCAUAGAGGGAAGAGGCGAUUAGAGGAAAAAGAAACCACCUUUGUUUCGUUUCUCAUAUUUAGAGCUAUGGUCAAUGGAGAGACCUGACCAACCAUGGAAUGGCCUGAACAAAUAAAUUUGGGCUUGUACAGAAAAAAAGAGAGUAAAGGAAGAAAAUUGAGUUGAGCUUCAUGAAAGGGCAUGUCCAAAAACGAAAACAAGAAAAAGUUAAAAAGAGAAUUUCUAUCCUUUCUAGCCUAUUGUUUGGUUAAGUUUCUUAAGGACUUCAAGAAUCAAGAGAUUUAAAAUUGUUGCAAAAUCUGCUCAACAACCAUAGUAAUAAUGCUUUCGAUAAAGUGAUGUUCAAAUCAAUGGUCUAUGUUUCUCAAUAUCUGCACUUUUGAUUAAGCAAUUUCAUAACUUA